AUGGGUUCUCAAGUCCCUAACCUCCCUGCACCCGUCGACCACCCCGACUCGAUGCUGUCCAGGAAAUUCGGACGGGAAACCGUCAACUACUUCGCCGGCAGCGCCCUCAACCGCGUGGGAUGGCUCCGCACCGAUCACACCUUUAUCAGGUCCGCGUUCCAAGCCAAGGAGACCAACUUCAUGCUUCUCAAGGACCUCAGCCCCCUCACCAGCGCCCCUUCGAAAUUGGCGUUUGUGUCUUUCGACGAUGUCAAGCCUGUGACUUCGGAGGAUCCUUUCGGCCCCUCUGAGGAGGAUCUCAUUAAGAACUUCGACUCAUCUGCUACUCGGCCCUUGAUCAUCUUCCUUGGUCUUGAGGAGGGCGCCAAGGUGCCGUUCGAGUACAAGGGUCUCCAGGGUCGGCCAUGGUUCGCCGUCGAUGUGACCCCGAAGGGAUCAUAUGCCGAUGCCGCCAACCAACUCAUUGAGGCUCAGGCCAGCAAGGGCAACGACUUCCUUCAGGGCACCAGGCAUAUUACCCUUGAACCUGACGCCGCUGGCAUCUAUGCCCAGGCCCGGUCACUUGCCGACUGGAACACCCGCAACAAGUUUUGUGCUGGGUGUGGACAGCCGACCUUGUCUGGCAACACGGGUUAUAAGCGUCUGUGUCCCUCGACUGACCUCGCGGGAUCGGAGACUCCCCGCGACAGACCCGAGUGCCCCACCCGCGGCGGCGGCGUUUCCAACAUCAGCUUCCCCAGGACAGACCCGACCAUGAUUGCCGCCGUCGUCUCUGCCGACGGUCAGAAGGUCCUCCUGGGCCGUCAGAAGAGGUGGCCUCCUCACUGGUACAGCACCCUCGCGGGCUUCAUCGAGCCCGGUGAAUCGAUUGAGGAGUCCGUUCGCCGCGAGGUUCUGGAGGAGAGUGGUGUCAGAGUCGGCAGAGUCGUUAUCCAUUCCAGCCAGCCGUGGCCCUACCCCGCGAGCUUGAUGAUUGGUGCCAUUGCCCAGGCCCUUCCGGAUGGCGAGACUAUCGACCUCGGAAAUGACCCUGAGUUGGAGGAUGCGCAGUGGUUCCCCUUUGAUGUUCUCAGGGAUGCGCUGAAGAACGGUACCAGUGGGCUGGGCGAGGCCGCUCCUGAGGGUUACAAGGAGGGUGGUCUCAGGCUACCUCCUCCUACGGCUAUUGCCAACCGUUUGAUGACUGCCGUGGUUGAAGGCUAUGCGACUACUAUCCCUAAGAUCGUGUCAGCGCCGGAAAACAGUUCUACUGGAAGCUGUCCGGGCGGCACCAGCUCCCGUCCCGUCAAGCUCCAUUCACCUCACCAUCCACAUCCCGCCAAUCGCGCCCGCCAUCGAACUGCCGGCGCCGACAAUCUCCAGCACCGUCGCGACCGGCUUGCGAGCAAGCGACUACAGCCCAUAAUGUAUCACCUUGCGAAGGGUCUAUACCUGCUGGCCACCAGUAAAGAAGAGUACUCCGUCAUCCUCCUCGGCCUCGACAAUGCCGGCAAGACGACCUUCCACGAGCAGGUCAAGUCGCUCUUCCUGCCCUCACACCCGGACCCGAAACUGAAGACCGUCCCGACCGUCGGCCAGAACGUCUCGACCAUCACCCUGCCGGACAUGUACCUCAAGAUCUGGGACGUGGGCGGCCAGCACUCGCUGCGCAAGUUGUGGCAGAGCUACUACGCCUCGGCGCAUGCCAUCGUUUUCAUCAUCGACUCGACUGAUAUCGGCGACGGCAACCUGGAGCACGACAGCUCGGGGCGUCUGGAGGAGUGCCGUCUGGUGCUCGAGGAUGUGCUGCAACAUUCCGAGACGGAGGGCGUGCCCGUGCUGGUGUUGGCCAACAAACAAGAUCGCGAGGACUGCGUCGAGGUCGUCAGGAUCAAGGAGGGUUUGGUGAAGAAGGUGUUUGAGGGCGAGAAGGCCAGCAGCAUUCGUGACUCGCGGGUAUUGCCUGUGAGUGCGUUGACAGGGACGGGCGUGAAGGAAGCGGUGGAGUGGGUGAGGUCGCGAGUAAAGUGGAACAAGGAGUCGAGGCCGCCGGUGAUGCGGUAG